CUCUGCCUCGCGCUGCUGGCGGCCUGCGCCCGCGCCGCCGUCGGCGCCCUGCCGCAGGAUGUGCCUACACGUGCCGAAAAACAUAUCGAACUCUUCGAUGGAGUCACCAUGCAUUGCCGACUCACGAAACUUCCAACAGGACUGAGAAUGCAAUUGUCUCCUUUAAAAUUGACACUAAAAGGAGCUUACAGGAAGGUCGCGGUAAGCAGAAGAAGUUGAUGGAGCGCAUCUUGCCGAUGUUCAUCAUGCCGUUCCUCAUCCAGUCCACCAUAGUGCCCAUGUUCCUCAGCGUGCUCAAGUUCAUGCUAUUCAAGUCCAUGAUGGUCGGCAAGUUGGCGUUGGCGUUGGUCAUCUUCAACGCGUUCAGAAACCACAACACAUUCAAAGGAAGGAAAGAGGAGCAGAUAGCUGAUGUUCACUACGGCUAUCACGGCCAAAUGGAAGAAUACGGAGCUUAUAUCAAUUAAUGGGAUGUUGGAAUCUUUGGCUAACGGCCGUGCAAUAAUGCUGCUAAGAGAUCACUGCGAUAUUACUGCGGUACAAUACCGACCAGUAAGCCUAGCACAUGAUUACCGCGAGAAUAUGUCGCCGCGAGAUAGACUACCCAUCCUUAUACAGUUAGAAGAAGACGUGUCAUCUAUCUCGCGACGGCAUACUCUCGCGGCAAUCACAUGCUAAGCCUAGGUACUGUUAAUGUCAAAAGUGAAGUUUAGAGUUGAAAAACAUCACUUUUCAGGCAUGUGACGACCGCGCGCUUUGCAUGUUACGUGCAUCAACCAUGUCGUUAAAUUAA